AUGGACGGCGAGAGCAAAGUGGACUUCGCUAGCAAAAGCUUCAACCCUUUGUGGUGGAAGAAAUCGACCCCUCCAUCCCAGCUGCUGGCCCGAAGCAAGCCGAGGAGGCCCCAGUCCUACCAGAGCCCCAGCGGGCUGCUGAUCACGGAUUUCCCGGUGGAGGACAGAGGGACACUCCCUGCACCGCAGACCCCCGCCCAGGUGCCCAGCCCCUCGAAGACGGUGUCCAGGAGCCCCCUGCUCUUCUACCCUCCUCUUGGGCCCGAGAGUCCGGUCGUCCCGGAGCACAGGACCGGCUCUCCAAGGCUCCGACCUCCAAAGUCACCCCAGGUGCCCGAACCGGCGUCUGGUGACUCCCCGAACGUGGCAGUGAACGCGCUUGGUGACUGCGCGGGCGCCACCUCGCUCGCCGGCCACACGGCUCAGGAUCCGGCGCAGAGGUCCUGCAGACUCGCUGCGCCCCAGAAGAGGUCCUCCGAGGAAAAGCUCCCUCUCCAGAGGCUGCCCUCAAAGGACAGCGAACCCCUGGAGUACCCCUCGGUGGUUUUGAGCACCCACAGCCCCGCCGCCCUCAAGGUGGGGAAGCACCAGAUCAUUCCCAAGAGCCUGGCCUCGGAGAUUAAGAUAAGUAAAUCCAACAGCCAGAACGUGGAGCCCCACAAGAGGGUCCAUAAGGUGCGCAGCAUGGUGGAGGGCAUCGGAGGGACCCUGGGCCCCACGGGGGAUGAGGCCGAGAACGACCUGGAUAGCCCAGGGUCACUGCGGAGAGGCUUGCGGUCCACGUCCUACCGCAGAGCGGUCUUCAGUGGCUUUGAUUUUGACAACCCUGCCAGCUCCAAGAAGAAGAACAGACUGUCACAGCCAGUUCUGAAAGCAGUGGUGGAAGAGAGAGAGAAGUUCUCCAGCCUGGGAAGGAUAAAGAAAAAAAUGCCGAAAGGACAAGGAACAUUUGAUGAGGAAGAAAAUGCAAUGUGUCAGAACUACAAAGAAAAGGCUCUGGGGAGUGAUUCUGAUGAAGAAGAGGAAUCCAGAGAACAGAAAUCAGAAGAGAAGAUUGUGAUUCAUCCUAAACCCCUGCGACCCACGUGGGGCCAGCUCUGGGCGGUGAAGAUGAAUGGCCUAUCACAGACAGUCAGCCAGGAAGAGAGAAAGAGACAGGAGGCCAUCUUUGAAGUCAUAUCUUCAGAACAUUCGUAUUUACUCAGCUUGGAGAUACUGAUACGAAUGUUUAAAAAUUCGAAGGAGCUGAGUGACACGAUGACCAAAACAGAGAACCACCAUCUCUUCUCCAAUAUCACAGACGUCUGCGAGGCCAGCAAAAAAUUCUUUAUGGAGUUGGAAGCCAGGCAUCAGAAUAAUAUCUUCAUUGACGAUAUAAGUGACAUUGUAGAAAAACACACAGCGUCCACGUUUGACCCCUACGUGAAAUACUGCACAAAUGAAGUCUACCAACAGCGGACGUUGCAGAAAUUAUUAGCCACCAACCCAUCUUUUAAGGAGGUGCUGUCCCGCAUCGAGACCCACAAAGACUGCAGGAACCUCCCCAUGAUCUCCUUCCUCAUUCUCCCCAUGCAGAGGGUGACCCGCCUGCCCUUGCUGAUGGACACCAUCUGUCAAAAAACAUCGAAGGACUCUCCGAAAUACGAAGUCUGCAAAAGGGCUUUAAAAGAAGUCAGCAAGUUGGUUCGACUGUGUAAUGAAGGCGCCCGGAAGAUGGAAAGGACAGAGAUGUUGUACACAAUUAAUUCGCAGCUGGAAUUUAAGAUUAAGCCCUUCCCUUUAGUCUCCUCGUCCCGCUGGUUGGUGAAGAGAGGUGAGCUGACGGCCUACGUGGAAGACACCGUGCUUUUCUCCAAAAGGACAUCUAAACAGCAAGUCUACUUCUUUCUCUUCAACGACGUUCUCAUUAUCACCAAGAAGAAGGGUGAAGAGAGCUACAAUGUCAACGACUACGCAUUGAGGGAUCAGCUGUUGGUGGAGUCUUGUGACAGUGAAGACCUUAAUUUUUCUCUGGGGAAGAACAGUUCCACGAUGCUGUAUUCACGACAGAGCUCGGCCAGCCACCUCUUCACACUCACCGUCCUCAGUAACCACGCCAACGAGAAGGUGGGCAUGCUGCUGGGGACAGAGACGCAGAGCGAGAGAGCCCGCUGGACCACAGCCCUGGGACACAGCAGUGGGAAGCAGCCUGACCGGACCUCUCUGACCCAGGUGGAAAUCAUCAGGUCUUUCACCGCCAAGCAGCUGGAUGAGCUCUCCCUGCAGGUGGCUGAUGUGGUCCUCAUUUACCAGCAAGUCAGUGAUGGCUGGUACGAAGGGGAGAGGCUGCGAGAUGGAGAGAGGGGCUGGUUUCCUAUGGAGUGUGCCAAGGAGAUAACGUGUCAGGCUACGAUUGACAAGAACGUGGAGAGCAUGGGACGUCUGCUGGGCCUGGAGAGCCACGUGUGA